GUUGCUGAGUGCAGCGCUGUAGCUGUGUGUGCGCGCACUGGGUGUUAUAUUGUUUAGAGAGAAGGGGAUUUCCAGAGGCAGAGGAAGUGAUAUUGACAUAAGGGGCUUUCCAGCCAGAACAGUCAGUCAUUGCAGAGAAUGGAUCCGUGCUAGCACCAGCGGCAGAAAAAAUGGGGAAUUUUAACAUUGUGCAAUCGGUCAUUUUCAUUACAAGGCGUUCAAAAUGGCAGCAAUGAAUCAGAGGUGCUUUUCGACUACAUUUUUACCAGAAGACGCCGUUUUCCGGUUGGCUGCUCCGCGAAACUGACACGUUUGGGUCCGGGACUGAAGGAUAGAGAGAGAACGAAGUGAGUUCGAGGGGGAAGGACUAGGAAACACAAAGGGGCCGACCGUGACUCGGCGCUCGGAUGAAGAGCAGCAUUUGGGAUCUGGACGGCCAUUGGCCAUGGCAACUGCAAGAAACAUAGAGUCAUCAGCCCCGCAACUGUCCCUAAUGCAGCAGGCCAAUGUGGCUAAUGUUCCGAUUAGCAGGCUGGCAUCUCUAAACAUUGAACCAGAAGAUGGGGGCUUCAAGGAGAAGUUUGUGCUGAAACUGGAAAAUAAAUACAAAUGUGAAUAUUGUCAUCUUGCACUCUGCAAUCCCAAACAGACUGAGUGUGGCCACAGAUUCUGUGAAAGUUGUGUAAGGAAAAUCAUUGGGAGUCCAAAACCCGUUUGUCCAGUGGAUAAUGUGCCUUUAUUUGAGAAUACGAUUUUCAAGGACAUCUGCUGUAAAAAAGAAGUUCUUGCACUUCACAUCUUCUGUAGGAAUGAGUUAAAUGGCUGCAAGAAACAGCUACCUCUUGGAAAUCUUGAGGGUCACUUACUUGAAUGUCCUCACCAGGAAGUCUGCUGUGCACGCAGGGGAUGCACAGAAAUGAUGCAAAGGAAAGAUUUAGCUGACCAUUUGAAUUCAAGCUGUAAAUAUCGAGAACAAACCUGUAAAUACUGCAGGAACGAGAUUGCUAUUGUUGACUUAAAAAAACAUGAAGAGUUUGACUGUCCAUCGUUCCCAGUGCCAUGCCCCAAUAAGUGCAAUGCUCGUAUUCUGAGGGGAGAGUUAAACAGUCAUCAGUUGCAGUGUCUCAAUGUGGUUAUGGCUUGCCCUUUCUCUAAGUAUGGAUGCAACUUCCAAGGAACCAACCUGGAACUUAAAAAGCACGAAGCUGAAACUAUGGCUCAACAUUUGAACUCUGUGUUGAUGAAGAAUGGAGAUCUUGAAAAUACGAUUUUAGAACUUCAGAAUAAGUUGCAGGAAAAGUCUAAAAUGAUUGACGUUAUGUCAGCUCAGAUAAGCCACUUGGAGAAGGAACAAAGUAAAUUAGCACAGCUCGCAAGUAAGAAUGAAAGUCGGCUUGGAUACAUGCAGAAAAUGUUAGCUAGUCAGACAGAUAAAUUGAUGAAUAUUGAUCAAGCAUCACAACAGACAUACCAGAAACAGGAGGAGUCUGUGAGAGAGGUGAAAACUUUGGAAGAAUCUGUAGACAAGCUCCAAAUCCAACUGAGACAGCUGGAACUAGCGGGCAGAGCUGGUGGGAUGGGCACAGGAGCAGGAAACCUGACUGCAUUGGAUAACCAAGUAAAAAGACAUGGCAGCCUACUCAGUGUACAUGAUGUGCGCUUAGCAGAUAUGGACCUACGCUUUCAAGUUCUCGAAACUGCAAGCUACAAUGGAAAACUGAUUUGGAAAAUCCGAGAUUACGCUCGCCGAAAACAGGAAGCCGUUAGUGGAAAGACAUUGUCCUUGUAUAGCCAACCGUUUUACACUGGAUAUUUUGGCUACAAAAUGUGUGCUCGGGUUUACCUCAACGGAGAUGGCAUGGGCAAAGGAACUCACUUAUCACUGUUUUUUGUCGUUAUGCGGGGAGAGUAUGACGCACUGUUACCGUGGCCUUUUAAACAGAAAGUAACGUUGAUGCUAUUAGACCAAGCGCCGGCAAAAAGCCAUUUAGGCGAUGCCUUUAAGCCAGAUCCCAAUAGUAGUAGUUUUAAGAAGCCAGUGGGAGAGAUGAAUAUUGCUUCAGGCUGCCCGCUGUUUGUUGCACAGACUGUCUUGGAAAGUGGGACAUAUAUUAAAGAUGACACUAUCUUCAUAAAAGUAGUUGUUGAUACCUCAGAUUUGCCAGAUCCAUGACCCAUGAAUGUCUCAGCCAUGAGGAGAGUUACAGUUACACAGGGGGUCCACCUCAGUGGAGUCCAACACGUUGAUUUUCAACAGAAGGACAUUCCUCCCAGAUGUAUCGAGCUUGAGUGCUUCACUUGACCAUCUGAAGCUCAAGAACUUUGCCUCUCACACCAAAAGAGGUUAUACUGGAAUGACAGCGAUAACUUUACAAUGUCAGCGUUUGGUGGUAAUUGUUCAUUCUGUGGGGUACUUCAGGAGCGGUGUACUGAAGCGAUGACUGACAGCAUUGGCUGUCCAGCCGAAUCGAGAGUUGCCGCUGGAACCAUGAAGGGCUCUAUAGCAUGUUGUUUGUUAGCAUUACAGUCUGGGUACUCUCUGCUGCAGCAGUGUGGCCAGAUAAUUAUCUACAUUUUUUUUUCUUUUGUUUAGCUUCAAGUUUAAUAAGAUUUAGUUUUAGAAAUGAGUUAUGACAAAGGGAAUCUCCAGCAUUGCAACAGUGUGACUCCAGGUCAUUGUCUGGAAAACUCCCCAGUCAUUUCUUCAGUUCCAAUUAUUUGAGCUGCUGUGGUUUGGUGGGAGGGGUGACUGAGAAGAGACCUGUAACUUGACAGAGAGUCAAACUGGUUCCUCCUGUUUUGUGUAGCCCUUCUUAAAAGUAAUCAAUGUAAGGGCAGUUCAUUUUAAAAAAGGUUUUGAUUGAAUGAAAAGCAGAAAAAUAUUUAUGUCAGCUAUUGGAGUAUCAGUACAUGUAGUUCCUUUUUAUACUUGUCCUGAACAAAUAAAUCCUAGAAGUAACCAUCUGAUCAGGUACUCAAUUUGAGAGUUCCUGCAUUACUAACAGGGUGCUACAGUGAAACAUGGUGAUAUAACUUAUCAUGUAAUUUGGCUUCAGCAAAUUUCAGCAGAAGUAAUGAGUCAUAUUUGGUCUGCCCAUUAAGGCAGUCAAUCAGUCAUUCAUCAUUGUAUUCUCAAUUGUCCUAGUUACAUUUGAGGAGGGAGUGUACAUUCAGUUUGAGUUUAAUUGUUUCAAAAUGUGUAGCUAAAGAUGUAUUUCCUUCCUUCACCUUUGGCCUGCUUCAGUUUCAUCUGGCACACUCAUUCAGACAAUUCUCAUAUAAAUAGUCAAUUCCCCUGAUGGUUAGAUGGGUAAAUGCACUCCAUCACGUGACAUUAAACCUACAACCUGGAAGGGUUCCUGGUCAAUCUCUGGUUUGUACUGAAGUAUCUGAUCAGUAGUGCACAGCAGUUGGUAACAGUGUUGCAACGUGAAAUGAUAAGAAAAUUGGUCGCACCUUCAAAGCUCGUUGAUCCAGUGUUUCCUGCUGGCAAAUAUGAAUGUUAGUGCAUCUGGGUAUGAAGACUUUUGUGAUGAAUUAGCUGAGUCAUUUGAUUGAGGACUGAUAACACAAGUGGAACUACCUCAAGUGCGGGGAAAAUCUCUUUUAAAAAUCAAUUACUGUCCUCAGUAAGUGAUUUAGUACACAUUGAUCAUCAAUGGGAAAUGGCUGGCAACAAUUGGAUAUGGCCCAAAACAAAAACCUGUGGAUGCUGGAAAUCGGAAACAAGAACAGAAAUUGCUGGGAAAGCUCAGCAGGUGUGGAGAGAAAGCAAAGUUAACUUUUUGGUGUCCAGUGACACCACUCCCCCCUCCCUACCCCACUUCAGAAUGGAUAUGUCCCAUUCUCUGUGUUACAGUGAAAACUCAGCAAAUAUUCAACAAGAACAAGAUGGUGAUUCAAAUGUUUUUCUCCCUAUUUUGUAACCAGGUGAUAAUACAUAGUGAAUUUGUCAUUGUUAUGAAAUUUGCAAUAUUAACUAUUGUAACUUGUCAAACUUUAUUGUUACAAAAGUGAAGAUCAAUAAUUUCAAUAUUGAGAUGCCUCUUGAUCUAAGGUUUGGCCAUGAAGUUUGCAGGAGUCAUUCCAAUGCAAGAAGUAAUGACGGGACUUACUGUUACUUGUUGCCGUGUUCCUUUCAGUUUUGCUUUAUGUAAGCAUCCAAAACUGGUUAUUUGUUUGACCCAGAUUACCACCAAAUUACUGUAUUGUUUACUACAAGUCCACCAGAGUUACAACUUAAUGAUUGGUGUAAAAUAAGGUUUUGAUUACGACACUGCACUAAAUCAGUCUGUGCUGUUCAGAUCCUGAUGCAGGACGGGCUCUUGGGGUUUUUUUUCAGUAGCUCUCUGUUGUAACUCAUUGUGUAUGGUGAAAGGGUUGUCACCUGUACUCUGGUGUUUACUUACUUUCGUUUCCAGGAUGAGUCUCCAUUAACUAUGCCUCCAUGUUCUCACUGUUAAAUCCGCCUCCCUCAUCCAGCUGGCAAAAUCACAUACCCAUGUUUACAAACUGUUCUCAGGACAUACAAACUAGAUUUUGUGCUGGAUUUGUAGGGAGCUCAGAUUUAACUCAGAUUUAACAAAAUGUAUGGAGUUAGGAAUUGAAGCUGAAAUCCAGGCAAAACAAUGGCAUGUGUACAAGGCCCUUGUAAAGAAUGAGCUGAUGAAACUGUGAAGGCGUUGUAAUGAUCGAGAAUAUCGUUUCUGUCACUGCAAUGUACCCCUUGGAUAUUGUAUGUUCAAUUCUGAGAAUCUACAAACCACAAGCAUUUCAAAUCGGUUUAUCGUUUUGAAUAAAUUAUUUUGUUAAAAUUU